AUGUCUCGUCUGUAUGCUGAAUCUGUAAAUGAUAAUUCAGAAAACUAUGACGAAAUCACUCGACGUCACUCCGACACAGACACAAUGGUGCAACACCAUCACCAUCUUGAAAAGACAAAGACACCUGGACAAAGUAUUACUUUUAAUGUAGACGUGCCUCAAGUAUUCUGCCAAUUAGAUGUUCUUUGUCGAUCAGAUGAAACGGACUAUGCUUAUUGGAAAGAAAAAGCUCGUUGGAUACGUUUUGAAGAAAUAGCUGAAAAUGCUCUUGGCCGUUGGUCGAAGCCUCAUGUUGCAACAUUAAUGCAAACAGCUCUUUUAAAUUUAAAAAAAUUACUUCAAAAUGGUGUUAUUCUUCUCAAUGUUCCAGCGAAUGAUUUGUUAGCUGUUUCACAAAUAAUAUCUCAAUCAUUGUUGGAUUCAGACUAUUUCGAUAAUAUAGGAGCUGCAGAAAGACUUCUUUAUAUUCUUGGUUUACCACAUUUUCACCAUUAUGAAAAACGUUCAGUAACAAAAAAUGCAAGCACAGUCAGCUUAUCAAAGCAAGAUGAUGAAAAUGAUAAAUCCGAACUCGGCCCUAUUGAUAGACGAAUAACAGUAGCAGCUACUCUCACUGCAACACCACCUGAUCAAGAAGCGAUAGCUACUGAUACUACAGGACAGCAAGCAUCAAAAGAGUACAAUGUAAAGUUACAAAGAAAAAUUGGCAGUAAUUCUGAAGGUGCAUCUAUUCUCAUAUGUCCAGUCGAUUUUAUUGAAAAAGAAACCGUCGUUUUUGUUCGUUUACAAAAAUCAAUUGAACUACCUGGCAUGCUGGAAGUAAAAAUUUCUUCACGUUUUAUUGUUCUUUUAAUUGGACCUGAAGAAAAUGAAAAACCACUGUUACAAAUGGGACGAACAAUGGCAACUAUUCUAACUGAUGACAUUUGUCGAGAAUUUGCAUAUAUAUCGAAAGAUUCGGAUGAAAUUAUGAAAAUGAUGGAUCGAUUUAUGCAGGAUACAUACGUUAUACCACCAUCUGAAUGGGAUCCAUCUAUUCGAAUAGAACCACCACAUAAAUAUACAAGCAAAGAAGAACGACAAGCGAAAGAACGGCAAGCUAGAGCACCUCAAGAAGCAGGAGAAAAAAUCGAAGAGAUUGAAUUAACGUACCAUGCAGAUCCCACGUUGGUACCUUCCAAAAGACCCUUCUAUGGUCUCAUAACGGAUAUUCGAAAUAAAUUACCAUAUUAUAUAUCCGAUUUUACUGAUUGUGCCAGUUUACAAUGUUUAGCAGCUACACUUUAUUUAUUUAUUGUAUGUCUUUGUUCAGUCGUUGCUUUCGGUGGUAUACUUGGAACAGCCACAGAAAAUUAUAUGGCUACAAUGGAAUGUAUUCUUGCUGCAGCCAUCAGUGGUAUUAUAUUUGCUUUAUUCGGUGGACAACCAUUAAAUAUUAUAUCUGCCACUGGUCCAAUGCUAAUUCUUGAACAUAUUAUAGAACAUUCAUGCAGAGAUUAUCGUAUAAAUUACCUUGAAUUUCGCUUGUGGAUUGGCGUAUGGAUUUUUAUUCUCUUGCUGAUAUUUGUCAUAUUUAAUUUAAGUUUUCUUGUUCGAUAUAUAACACGUUUUACUGAAGAUUGUUUUGCAUCGUUAGUUGCAUUAAUAUUUAUAGUCGAUGCUAUACGUGCAAUCUUAAACAUUCGUAAACAGUAUCCAGUAAACUAUCGACCUAGUAUUUUAUUGGACUAUUCAUGUUCAUGCAUAUUUACUGAUAUUGGUGAAAAUGAGACAACAAUAAAUGAUGCUAGUGUCGUGGAUUACCUAUUUCACGGGACAAAUUUAAAUAAAACAUCUCAAAUAGCAUGUACAACAGCCGGUGGUUUUGUUAUUGGUUCAGGCUGCUCAACACCGGUUUAUCAUGCUGAUAUAUUCUUCUUUUCUGUGCUUUUAUUUAUAUUCACCUUUCUUAUAUGUAUGGUUCUUAAAGAAUUUCGUAAUAGUUCGCUUUUACCAGCUAAUAUUCGAACAAUUCUCAGUGAUUUUGCUGUUUUAAUUGCAAUUGUUAUCAUGUCAGUAUGGGAUGGCUAUUUACUUUUAAAUACACCGAAAUUAUAUGUGCCAACAGAAUUCAAACCAACACGCCCACAUGAUCGUGGAUGGUUUAUACCGUUUUUUGGUAAAAAUAAGUUAUGGACAAUACCCUUAGCAAUAAUUCCAGCUUUAAUAGCAACAAUACUGAUUUUCAUGGAUCAACAAAUAACAGCUGUGAUUAUUAAUCGAAAAGAAUUCAAAUUGAAAAAAAAUCCUGGUUAUCAUCUGGAUUUAUUCGUUUUAUCGCUGACAAUUCUAAUACAAUCCAUACUCGGUUUACCAUGGUUUGUGGCAGCUACGGUUUUAGCUUUAACACAUGUUAAUUCAUUGAAACUUAUGAGUGUAAAUACAGCACCGGGAGAAAAACCAAAAUUUGAAGGAAUUAUUGAGCAACGUGUUAGCGCACUUUUAAUGUCUAUUUUAACUGGUUUAAGUGUCCUUUUUACUCAAGUAUUAAGGCAUAUUCCAAUGCCUGUACUUUAUGGUGUUUUUAUGUUUAUGGGCGUAUCUGCUUUACGUAAUAUGCAAAUCUACGAUCGUGCUUUAUUAUUUUUUAUGCCACAAAAAUAUCAACCAGAUUAUUCCUAUUUACGACAUGUACGAAUAUCUCGAGUUCAUUUAUUUACUGUAGUACAAAUCGUUUCACUUGUUGGAUUGUAUGUAUUAAAAAAUAUCAAAUCCAUCGCUAUAACUUUUCCACUACUGAUACUUGGAACAUGUUUUGUACGUAAAUUAAUGGAUAAAGUCUUCACACAAGAAGAAUUGUAUUGGCUUGAUGAUAUUUUACCUGGAAGUAAAAUAGGUCGAAUUCGUGGUACUUCAAUGACUCGAAAUUUUCAAAUAUCAAAAGUAGUAUCGGGAGAUUCAAAUGAGGAAAGUACAGAAACACCAUCCAAUAUCUUAUUAGCAUCAUCAGAAACUGAACCUAAUGAUUGUAAUCGUGACACGUUAGGAUAUAGUUUACCAAAUAUAGUAGAGGUAUCGAAAAAACCAAAUGUUGGUUCUUUGCCUAUUGAUAAUACAAAUGAAUCAAGUGUUCCAUUAAUUGUAGUCAAUGAAAUAAUAUCAUCAGAAGAAACAUCAGCCAAUGCAUCUGAAGAAGUUGAACACUUUAUGCACCGGGAAUCACCAUUUGAAAAACAUCAUGAUGGCAAAAUUAAAGCUAUUCAAACGCCUGUGUAA